AUGUCCGGACACGACUUAUCUACCCUGCCUGACUUUCCAGCAGAGAUUCGCGCACCAGCGGGGACGCGUUACGGUGUUUCCGCCUUCCAGAUCCAGUUCGGCGGCGAUCGCAUCACAACACCGGGUGAUGCGCCAGAUGUACUGAUAGCGUUUAACCCAGCAGCCCUGGUGGUAAAUCUGGGUAACCUGAAAGCGGACUCUCUGAUUCUGGUUGAUGCCAACGCCUUUACCACCCAACGCCUGAAACGCGCGGAUCUGCAAUCUAAUCCCCUUGAAGAUGGCACCCUGGACAAAUACCAGGUUGUGCCGAUCGACAUCAGCAAUCUGACCGUAGAAGCGGUAAAACCCCUUGGCCUGGGUACCAAAGACGCCGGUCGCUGUAAGAACUUCUGGGCACUGGGCCUGAUUCUGUGGAUGUUUGAUCAACCCCGCGAGCCGACAAGAAACUGGAUCAACCAGAAAUUUGCCAGCAACGAGCAAAUUCGGGACGCUAAUCUGGUUGCUUUGGAUGCUGGCCAUGCAUACGGCGAAAACACUGAGGUCGCCCAGAUUCUGCACCAGCAGCAUACCCCCCAGGCGCCACUGGACAGUGUUGAGUACCGCACCAUCACCGGCGCGGAAAACCUCGCCCUGGGCCUUGUCGCUGCCGGUGAAUUAGCAGAUACAGAACUUAUGUUCUGCUCGUACCCGAUCACGCCAGCUUCCAGCUUGCUGCACCACCUGGUGGGACUGGAAGAGGCAGGUGUUGCCACAUUUCAGGCGGAAGAUGAAAUAGCCGCAGUCUGCGCCGCCAUCGGCGCCUCUUAUGCAGGCAAGCUUGGCAUCACUUCAUCCAGCGGACCCGGCGUUGCCUUGAAAAUGGAAGCGCUGGGGUUAGCGGUUGCCACCGAGCUGCCCCUGGUGCUGGUCAACAGUCAGCGCGCCGGCCCUUCCACUGGCAUGCCCACCAAAACCGAGCAAAGCGACCUUUACCAGGCCGUCUACGGACGCAACGGUGACACGCCUCUGCCCGUUGUUGCCGCUCGAUCGCCAGCAGACUGUUUUGAUGCUGCCAUCGAAGCGGUGCGCAUUGCGCUACGCCACAUGACACCGGUGAUUUUGCUGACCGACGGUUACAUCGCCAAUGCAUCAGAACUGUGGCCAAUUCCUGAUUUUGCGCAAUAUCCGGCAAUUGAUACCCACAAACCCACUGCAGCGACCCAACAAGCGGUUUUCGAAAGGCAACCCGAUACCCAUGCACGCCUCUGGGCGGCCCCCGGCGAUGCCCGGUUCGUUCACCGGGUGGGUGGCAUCGAAAAAGACGUGGAUACCGGCAACAUCUCCUACGAUGCAGCUAAUCAUCAGGCGAUGACCGAUGUGCGUUCGCAGAAAGUUGCCAGUGUUGCUGAUUUUAUCGAGCCGCAGACCAUCGACCAGGGUGUGUCAGGUGGUGUGGCGGUAGUGGCGUGGGGAUCAACCUACGGCACCCUCUACAAAGCAGUGAAAGACGCACUGGCAGCAGGCGAACAGGUCGCCCACAUCCAUCUGCGGCACAUCAACCCUCUGCCAUCCAAUCUGGGUGAGCUGCUGGCCGGUUUUGAGACCAUUAUUGUGCCGGAGCUGAACACAGGCCAACUGGCCACGCUGCUGCGCGAUAAGCUCAAUGUUCGGGUGGAACAAUUCAACAAAGUCACCGGCCAGCCGCUUAAUGAGGUUGAUAUGAAUGCAUUGACGUUUAAAGAUUUUGCCACAGAUCAGGAAGUACGCUGGUGCCCCGGGUGCGGCGAUUACGCUAUUUUAAAAAGCGUACAUAAAGCCCUUGCCGAAGGGGGUUCUGUACCUGAAAAAACGGUAUUUGUGUCAGGCAUCGGCUGCUCAUCGCGACUGCCUUACUACGUAAACACCUACGGCUUCCAUACCAUUCACGGCCGCGCACCGGCAUUUGCAACUGGUGUAAAACUGGCAAACCCUGAACUGGAAGUAUGGGUGGUCACCGGCGAUGGCGACGGUCUGUCCAUUGGUGGCAACCACCUGCUGCAUACCCUGCGUCGCAAUAUCGACCUGAAUAUCCUGUUGUUCAACAAUGAAAUUUAUGGCCUGACCAAAGGGCAGUACUCACCCACUUCAAGACCUGGCACGCACAGCCCGACCAGCCCGGCUGGUUCUGUUGAAGCGCCGCUGGCACCUGGUCAGUUUGCCAUCGGUGCAGGCGCAACCUUCUUUGCCCGCUGUGUCGACAUCGACCAGAAAACCAUGCCGGGGCUGUUCAACGAGGCAAAGCACCAUAAAGGCAGCAGCUUUGUUGAAAUUCUGCAGAACUGCAUCGUUUACAACAAAGACGUGUUCGACGAUGUUGUCGCCAAAAAGACCGCCGCAGAAACACAAAUUCAUGUCCGUCACGGCGAGCCGUUGCUGUAUGGCGCCAAUAAUGAGAAAGGUCUAAGACUCAAUCCGAAGACCCUGAGCCUGGAGUGUGUCACUCUGGGCGAAGAUGGCGUCACGCUGGAGGACAUACAGGUGCAUGACGAGACCAACCCCACGCUUGCCCUGCUGCUGGCCAAUCUGCAUCUGCCAACCGCCAUGGGUGUCAUUCUGCGCACCGAAAGAGCCGCAUUUGACGAAAGCUACUGGUCAAUACGCACCCAUGAACGACGCCAGAAGGUUGAACAGUUGUUACGCACCGGGAACAUGCUGGAUCGACGCUCCAAGUAA